AUGUCUCGUACGCAACUGAAUUUGAUUGCGGCCGCGUGUGAGAAUAUGGGUAUAGGUAUAAACGGUACAUUACCUUGGAAAUUAAAAAAAGAAAUGGCUUACUUCACGACGAUGACAACUAGUGUCAGCGACAAGAAGAAAGUCAACGCAGUGAUCAUGGGUCGACGUACGUGGGACUGUAUACCCAUAAAAUAUAGACCGCUUAGUAAUAGAAUUAAUAUUGUACUAACUCAUAAUGUUGAUUACGUGAAAAAACAAGUCCCAGAAGGAGUAAUUGUUGUGCCAGGAUUAGAUGAGGCAAUUGAUCACAUAGACAGUAGGUCAGAUAUAGAAUCUACUUGGGUCAUAGGUGGAUCUUCAAUUUAUAAGGCUGCAAUGGAGCAUCCGAACUGUGGAAAAAUAUAUCUAACGGAGAUACAAAAGUCUUUCGACUGUGACACAUUCUUUCCUGACAUUAACAAGCAGCGAUUCCAUUUAGUGAAUGAAGAAGAAGUACCAGGGGAGAAGCAGAGUGAAGGAGACAUCAACUAUUACUAUAGGAUUUACAAGAGAUUAUAA